AUGGGUGAACAGCUUCGAAUUGGGGGAAGCCCCCAAAGGCGCUGGGUAUCCUCAGCUUGUAUCUCUUUCAUCUUUGUUUUUAUCGUCUUUCUUAUUUAUUCAACCACAUGGCGCAACUCAACCAUCGGGACACCUGCCACAACUGGAAAGCCCGCACCCACUGGAGCCAAAUUUGAAUCUGGUUUUGACAUGAGCAAGAGCUGGGCACAACUUUCUCCUUACAAAGAUGCCGACUGGGGUGUUCCUAAUGGUGUCCCUCAAGGGGAACGGUGUGAGCUAUCCCAGGUCCAUGUUUUGCACCGUCAUGCUCAGCGGUAUCCAACUGGUAUGCCCUUGGAUGGCCAAGUCAUUCAAAAAUUUAUUGAUAAGCUCAACGGAAGCAUUGGCGCAACUGGACCCCUCAAGUUUCUCAACGAUUGGAAAUCUGUCCUUGGUUUGGACGAACUGAUGAGAACGGGCGCAUCCACGGAAGCUACCUCCGGAGCCCGCUUCUGGCUUCAGUAUGGUAGACUUUUGUAUCGUGCAACUCCUGAAAACGUGGUUGCAUGGAAUCAAUCCUUGAAUGUCUUCCCUAACGGCACAGUCCGUCCGAAGCCCUUGUUCCGCACCACCGAUCAAUCUCGCAUUUUAGAGAGUGCGCGUUGGUGGCUGAGCGGGUUCUUUGGUGAUAGAGGCGCUCAUGCUUCUUACGACCAAUAUGACCUUCUUGCCAUGCCCGAGAAGCUUUUAUUUAAUAACACAUUGGCAUCCUACUAUUCUUGCAUUGGGGGCCCAGGAGAUCAAAGUAAUGCAAAUAAGGUAGCGGAACGUUUUAUAGCUCGCUAUUUGAAAGAUGCUCGCACUCGGCUGCAAGCUUACCUUCCUCCGGAUUUCAACUUGACGUCUACUGAUGUGCUUGCCAUGCAAACGCUUUGUGUUUACGAGGAGACCAGUCUCGCUGGUUCGAAAUUCUGCUCUCUUUUCACUGAACAAGAGUGGAAAGACUUUGCUUACAAUCUGGACAUCCAGUAUUAUGGAAACUGGGGCAUCGGUUCACCCGUUGGCCGUGCCCAGGGCAUUGGAUAUGUCCUGGAACUUGCCGCCCGCCUGGAGGGAAAACUUAUCCCUUCUAGUGAUACUAGUAUUAACUCCACAUACGAUAACAACACCGAUACCUUCCCUCUUGGACAACCAUUCUAUAUGGACAUGUCUCACGACAAUAUCAUUGUAUCGGUGAUGGCCGCUUUGAACCUUGACUAUUUCAAAUAUCCGAGCUUGACAGGAUUACCAGGUGAUGUUGAUCAUGCUCCAGACCGAACAUUCAGAAUUAGCGAUAUCACGCCUUUUGGUGCUCGUUUCAUGACUGAAGUCUGGACCUGCCCGAACGAUGUUACUUUCGACUCAUUGGACCCUGUCCUUUACUCGAACCCCAUCUUAGAGUCAACAGAGGACACUACCAAAUAUUUGCGGUUCUUGCUCAACGGGUCUCCCUUACCAAUGACGGGGGUAGUUGGCUGCGACGCCGAGAACUCCACCAAUGGCUUCUGCCCGCUCGAGAAAUUCAUGGACGGUAUCCCCGAGCUUCAAAACAGGGCAAACUAUCGAGAGGCCUGCUUUGGGUACUAUCUCAACCACACCGACAUCCCUAUCGAGCUUGCCGAAUAG